ACGCUGGAGACCCUGGACAGGGUUUCCUCAACGUAAAUGGUGGUGAACUGAUGAAGUUGUAUCGGGAAGACAGCCCGUCGCGUGAACUGUAGAGUUUGCGGACGCAUUCAUAUUGGGUUCAUAGUGGCGCGAUGCACGCAGACUCCUGCGAGUCCCCUAAGUUCUUAGAGGACCGCUUUGCCUUUUGAAUCAGAGUUGCAAAGUUCGAUAAAGAAUGGCCCUUGUGGAUAAGCACAAAGUGACAGCGAUUGGACAGAAUUUGUGAAGGUAUCCGCCCCCAGAUCAUGAACGGCCCCCUGCGCCCUCGCUCCCUAGUGGCACUGCUGGACCGCAGAGAGUGCACUGUGGAGAUGCCCAUCCUGAAGGACCUGGCCACCGUGGCCUUCUGUGACGCACAGUCCACUCAGGCAUCGUGGGUGUGGCCCCAGGUGGGCUUCCUGCAGCCAUGGAAGGGAUUAUUCCUGGAAGCAUCCCUGUGACUUACAACCUCCCCACAGUGGCACACCCUUCCCAAGCUCCCUUUCCCAACCAACCCACCAAACACGGGGACAAUCGAGAGCACCCCAAUGAGCAAUAGCAGAGAGUGCCGAGAGGUAAUCAUUGAGAUACACUUGGGACCAAGAGACAGUGGAAAAUGGAAGAACUUAAAAAUGGAAUUUGACAGUCUUUUUAACUGAUCCUAGACAGAACGCAUCACUGACAUUGCGGUGUGACAGCUACAAGAGCGAGAAAACUGAAGAUGUCAUCUGCUUCCCGAAGCGCUGAAAGACUACGAUGUGAUUUAUUAACGACCAACUUCUGUUAUUGUGUGUUGUUUUUCAUCUGUGCAUCAAAUCACAAAGAAUAAAUAGAGCUUUUCCUUUUCAGUCCCUUGGGCACAGCAGGUCCCGAGCAGCUUGCUGUAGAAUGUUGCAUCAAGAGUUCCAAACAUCAAAAUAAAGCUAUCGACAGGAAACCCCACCACGUGACUCUAGUCCCUUUGGUACACAGGGGUUCAUUACCUCUUGUUGCUGAUAGGAAGAGUAAAUUACUGCAAGAUGGGGAGAGCACUGCCUGGUAGACAUCUGCACGCACAGGACUGAAGACAGCACAGAGAAGUCUCACAUCUGAACUGAACUGCAUACUGAGCGGGCAAGUUGGUUGUUCUAAGUAAUACCCUCUGAUGAUGCAAAAAAAAAAAAAAAAGGAAAAAAGAAAAAGUAUUAAGUUUCACAAGCUGUUUGUACUAAAAUAUAUUUUCUCAGUUUCAGAUCCUCAGCUAUUUUAUUGAGUGGAAAGUCUUGAACUAUAAGGGUUCAAGAAGAAUAAUGUUGCAUUUCCUUAUGUCUCAGGAAACACAUUUUAUGCCAAACUUCACGUCCCAACAACUCACGCCCAAAGCCAAUGUUUGGUAACUUUCUGCAAAGCCGAAUUGAGAAGCAAGACUACCUUUCCUUCCACCUAGCCCAGCGUCUCAACAAGGAGCUCCUGGCUGCAGCAUCCCUUCGCUUUGCGCAUUUGCCUUUCUUGAGUUCAGCUCACUGUCCUGCUGCUGCUUGCCAUCUACUGUGGCAGACGUGAUGUCCUGUCUCAGCUCCGUGCCAUUCUUCCCUGCCAUCAUGAAGCUCCCUUCAAGACUGACGGGAAAAACCUGUCGGAGGUGAUGUGUGCCUAAUUCCAGGAAGAAAAGGCAGUGAGAAUGUCAGCUCUCAACUGGAAACCCUUUGUGUAUGGAGGGCUGGCCUCCAUCACAGCAGAAUGUGGCACAUUUCCAAUUGAUUUAACGAAGACACGGCUCCAGAUUCAAGGCCAGACAGGUGAUGCCAACUUUAGAGAAAUUAGGUAUCGAGGGAUGCUUCAUGCAUUAAUGAAGAUAGGCAGAGAAGAAGGGCUGAAGGCUCUGUAUUCAGGAAUUGCUCCUGCCAUGCUGCGUCAGGCUUCCUAUGGCACCAUCAAGAUUGGUACUUACCAAAGCCUGAAGCGAUUAUUCGUGGAACACCAGGAAGAUGAAACCUUACUGAUCAAUGUCAUAUGUGGGAUUCUGUCUGGAGUCAUAUCCUCAGCCAUCGCUAAUCCAACAGAUGUUUUGAAAAUCCGCAUGCAAGCACAGAGUUUUGCUGCUGGUCAGGGCGGCAUGAUAGGCAGCUUCCUCAACAUCUACCAGCAGGAAGGGAUACGGGGACUAUGGAAGGGGGUGUCCCUUACGGCUCAGCGGGCUGCAAUCGUUGUUGGUGUGGAGCUUCCAGUCUAUGAUAUCACUAAGAAGCAUCUGAUACUCUCAGGCCUGAUGGGAGACACUGUCUAUACCCACUUCCUCUCAAGUUUUACCUGUGGUCUGGUAGGCGCCCUGGCUUCAAACCCUGUUGAUGUUGUGAGAACCCGUAUGAUGAAUCAGAGAGUCCUCAGAGAUGACAAAUGCUCUGGUUAUAAAGGUACCCUGGAUUGUCUACUACAGACAUGGAAGAAUGAAGGUUUUCUUGCUCUAUAUAAAGGCUUUUGGCCAAAUUGGCUGAGGCUUGGUCCUUGGAAUAUCAUUUUCUUUGUGACCUAUGAGCAGCUGAAGAAAUUGGACUUGUGACACCUGCAGGCUAUGUGAGACACUCUUAUGAAAAGCCAGCCUCUGCAGCGGCAGAGCUUCCUGUUUCAUGCUGCUUCUCACUGCUCAGCUCUUUGCCAGUUCUGGGAUGGGAGCAACGGACCGAGACUGGGUUAGUUCGGAGUGCUGUGUGUUCGUAUCCAGUGCUGUUCUUCAGUAUUAACAGCCUAAGCCUCUAGUUCCUACCAUCAAAGUGCCCUUUGACACCAAGAUGAUAUAUUUCUUGCUGAAGAAAACUUGCAAGAUCACAGGAACUGUGUGCUAUCUGAUUCAGGGAGAGUAUCUCUUGCUGCCUUUUAGCCUAUAGCUGCAAGUAUCAGACCGCUCUACAAAAAGCUCGUGGAAACCAUGCGGUGGAGCCUCCAAGAGGGCGGUUUUGUUCCUGUCAGCCCAAGACAUCUCACAUGUGGAGGCCUGGACUUUUAUUCCUAGAAUAUUGCACUGCCUUAUAAUUUCCAAUUUUGGCAGGAUUUUCCACUUAUAAUAAGUGACAGUAAGCCUUUAAAGACUUGACCUUUGUGAAGAAUUAUUGCAUGUAUUAGUGCACUAAAUUCACAGUGGUAUGCCAUAGUAUUCAAGUUCUGCAUUGGUGGGAGACAUUUUCAAGUAGCUUGGCUUCCAUCUUAGGUAAUAUUAGUCAUUUGCUCUCAAUUUUAGUAAAGUUUAUUUUUAAAUCUAUGGAACAGGGAUACUAAUGUCUUAAAGUUGGGGGUCAGAUGAAGGAAAUUUAGCAGAUGCUGCUAUAUGACUGAGGGGUGUGUCUACACUGUGUUUAUAACUAUAGUCCCUCAAUAGUCUGUCUCUGAAGAAGAAAGUUGUGUUACCAUGGGCUUGUCCCAGUAAUUAUGACUGAAGACCUUUGUUAAAGGCCUUAUAGAGUAAGAAUACAGGAGGCUCAGAAUGCCUGCCUAGCAUGCAUGGAGCCCUAGGUUUGAUCUCUUGCAUCACAAAUGGCAUGGUGGCAUGUACCUGUAGUCUCAGCAUUUAGGAGGUUGAGGUAGGAGGAUCAUAAGUUCUAGGUCAUCCUCCACUACGUAGCAAGUUUGAGGCCAGUGUGUGUUACAUGAGACCUUGUUCAAAAAGAGAACAAAGAGAAAGAAGGAAUCACUUAAGUGAAUGUUUUAGUAUAUUUUCUGUAGCAAAAUAAUUCUGUGAAUUGAAGAGUUGGUUAUUCCAGUUUCUGACUUUUACUUCAUGUUGCAUUUGUUAACAUGUUUCCUAGUCAGGACUUCCAAAUUUGUUUUUCUUUUGUUUCUUCUGAUAAUGUGGUAAGUCAUUCAUUCUCCUCCUUUGUCUUAUUCUUUUCAAAACAAAAGAGCCAAGAACUUCCUACUUCUAGAAGACAGCCAAGGAAAGGCAUUUAUUGAGUUGGAUCCCUUCCGAUACCCUUGGAGAGCCACUUUAAUACUCCACUAGGUCACUUCUCCCUUCUCCCUCUUCUCCCUCUCCCAGGCCCAAUCCAUGUCGGUCAGCUCCUUCCUCCUUGAGAUAGAAGAGAGGGUGUUCGGGUUUUCCUGGGCCAUCAGGGAGUUAGUUUUUAUCCCAUACAUUUUAAUCUGUCUUCUUUAUUGAUGUUUCCUUUGAAAAAGAUUUUUGUAAAACAGGAUUUUGUUUCCAAAAAUAAGCUAAGAUAAAAUCACUGAAGAGAGACUACUUGCAGUCCACAUCCUCCUAGCACACACUAGGUGGCAGCAGAGGACCCCUGAGCUCAUGCCGGCCUGGCUCGCAGUUACCAUGUUAUACAUACUUUAUACUUUCUUCUUACCAGAACAUUCCAUUGAAAUGAUGGGCUUUUGGCAGAGAGGCUUUCGUUUUUAGUUGUAAGGAUUUCCUUUUUUGAGCCACUUUUAAAAAAUAGAAAACAUUUCAUUUUUGGGCUGGAGAGAUGGUUUAAUAGUUAAGCACUUGCCUGGGAAGCUUAAGGACCCCGGAUCGAGGCUUGAUUCUCCAGGACCCACGUU